UCCUCCAGUAGCGCACAAUGAUCCAACUCCUCCGCUCCCGACCCGGCUGCUGCUUUCGGAAAACUCCAGACUGUCACGGAUUAAAUAAAAUCGUCAGUUCCUGAGAGCAGCGCCGAGACUACGACCCUUGUUUUGCAGCAGCAGGAGCAGCAGCGGUUACAGUCAACAGUUACAGACACAAUCCUGUUGUGGUUUGAGGGGAGUUUCCACCGGCUCACCUGCAGAAACCAAACCAUGCACUCCCGGUUCACCUCCCUUCUAUUUCUCCUCUUCCUUCCCCCUGUUUUUUCCUCCUCCUCCUCCUCCUCCCGCCCCCAGUGGGUUCUCCAGCGUGUCCCUGUGGUCCUCCCACAGCACACGGAGCCUCGAUCGGCCCCUCACUUCCUGUCUCCAGCCAGUUUGAAUGUCAGCUCGACCUGUGACCCAGAAUGCCACAUGAGGGCCCCUCGCCCCAGCUACUGGGACCUGCGCCGUCUUCUUGCGUAUGAGACACUCCACUCCAAUGGUCAUCUUACGGAGACUGCCAUUGGGAUCUACGGCUACAACCCCAGUCCGAGCACCAGCCCGGCCUACUCCUCUGGGUCGUCUGGGAAAGCUGAGCGCUCCCAUGUCAGGCGGAAGCGACAGAUCUUCGGCCAUGAUGGACGUUUCAGCAUUGCUGGGCAGAACUUCCUGCUGAAAUAUCCAUUCUCUGUGGCGGUCAAACUGUCCACUGGGUGUUCUGGGACAUUGGUGGGAGACCGUCAUGUUCUCACAGCUGCUCAUUGUGUUCAUGAUGGUAAAAACUAUGUGAAAGGAGCCCAGAAGCUGCGGGUCGGGUUUCUAAAAACCAAGCAACGAGACACACAGUCUUCUCCGUUUUACCUUCCUUCCAACUUCACCAACCAUGUGGAAGGUGGCGCUGUUCCUUACGCCCCGCCAACCAAUGACAAAAUGAAGUUCCAGUGGAUCCGAGCUAAGCGCACCCAUGUGCCCAAAGGAUGGAUUAAAGGGAACGCCAAUGACAUUGGGAUGGACUAUGACUACGCUUUGCUUGAACUCAAGAAACCCCACAAACGGCGCCACAUGAAGUUAGGAGUCAGCCCCCCGGCUCAGAGGCUGCCCGGUCGGCGAGUCCACUUCUCAGGAUUUGAUAACGACCGCCCGGGCAAGCUGGUGUAUCGCUUCUGUCGGGCCGGCGAGGAGACGUCAGACCUGCUCUACCAGCACUGCGAUGCUCAGCCAGGCGCCAGCGGGUCAGGAGUCUACGCCCGGAUGUGGGACGGGCGGCGCCGGCGCUGGGAGCGGAAGGUGAUAGGUGUGUUUUCUGGGCAUCAGUGGGUGGAGCGACAAGGGGCGUCUCACGAAUUUAAUGUAGCGGUGAGAAUCACGCCUCUGAAAUACGCUCAGAUCUGCUACUGGAUAAAAGGAAACUUUGUGGACUGCAGAGAAGGAUGAGGGGCGACGCUACGAGACCACGGGUCCACUACAUCCUCAUACUGGAAUAUUUGGGAUCCACAUUUUUCAUCCAUCACUUAUAGCACAGACGUAAUAUCAAUACAAACAUCAACAUUUCGUUCGUUGCCCGAACACAAUAAUGGAAAUAUAGACCGGACAGACACAAAUCCAGUAACACUAAAUCAUGUAAACGGGGUGCGUUCAUUUCAUUUCUGCUUAGUUGUGCUUCAUCACUCACAUUUAUACUUUCUUGUUAACCGGGAAAACAUUUAGGUCAUGUGGUUUUGCAGAACAGAAGCAAGUUUAUCUGUUUAUCUGACCAUUUAUCUGGAUAACGAAGUUAUCUGGAGGACCCUCAGAUCUGGACUGAAAACAUCAACAGAGCAGGACUAUUUCACUUUGCCUUCUAGCCCUUUUAUUGCGCCAAUACUAAAGAUUGCACUGUUAAAACUCUUGAAGUUUUUCUAUGGGCUUACCUUUGUGUUUUUAAUAUGCAAUCAAACAAUAUCGUUUUUUGGAGCAAAGCUUACCAUACUGCAAUGAAAAAACGAAACAGAUCCAACAGCACUUAGAAGAAACAAUUGAAAAAGUAAUUCAACUUUGAAAAAUUUUUUAACUGCAAGUCUAAUCAUUUUUCUAUUUUGUGUUUGCUGUUAAAACUUUUAUAUUCUCAAACAAAUUUUAUAUUUUUGGAUUCUAAAACAAAUUUUAUAUUUUUGGAUUUACAAAUAAAACUGAUGGAUUUGCUUACAAAACCACAAUUUGCAUUAAUACAUUAACUACAAAUCGUGUUUUACAUGCCAUUAAACAUUUUUAAUAGUGUAUUUGCAAGUAAAACACGCCAUUUUUUGCAGGAAGUUUUGCUCUAAAACGGAUUGAUUUAUUGUAGAAAAGACACAGAAGUAACUCAAUACAUUUCUACUGUAAAUUAUGAUUUUUGUGGAUGAAUGUACAAGUUAGCAACCAAAGGUGCCAACAGUUUCUCUCAAAACUAUCAUGUAUCUCCUCUCAGUGGACACACUUAUCCACAUAUUGUACUCUGUCAAAUAAAUUAACAGUGUUUUUGAAGAAAAUUCAAGUUGUUGCACAAAAUGUUAUUAAAUAUCAGAUACCAAUGCUGCAGAUAACUGGUUGUAUGAAGCAUAUUUUUAGUGCUGUACUUAAAUGCUUAGCUCCCUCUGGUGGCAAAGAUAAGACAUUACAGGUGUCAAACAUAUGGACUUGUUUCUUUCUCCUAGUUUAACAUUUGUGUGUCAGAAACUUAAGACUGUGGCAAAUUUAAUGAAAUAUAUGCUUUGAAAUAAGCAGCUGUGUCACAUAUUUCCUCUCAUUAUGCUACAGCAACACAUCCCUCACACAACACGAUCUUUUGUUUAAACACCGUUUGUUUUAUUGUCGGAUGUCAAAAAGGCAUUUUCAGAAAUGCUGCGGGGAAACUGAACAGUGUAAAAAGCCGAAAUAUGAGGACCAGCUCCAAUGACUUCUCCAGCAGCGACACAUUCAACAACAGGUUCAACCAGGAGUCUGAAGCUGCAUCCUGGGAUAUGGCACAUGGAAAACAAAUUACCAUUCAAUUUGGCAACUUUUAACAGAGGACAGAUCAUGAGAAUCAGUUUUCAUUAACACCUGUAUUAAAAAUUUCAGAGGAAGAUCAAGUACACUUCGGGGCAACGUGAUCAAGAGGUGAUAGAACUAAAAUCUUUUCAAAUCUCAUUUCUCCUCUUCAGCUGUGACCUUAGGAAGCAGAACAAAUGAGUUAUAUGAGCAAAGGCUUAACAUUCAAGUAAGAACUGGCAUAGAAGUAGGAUUUAAAGCAAAUUAUAAAUGUCAUCUUUCUGUGUUAUUGAAAUAAGGUCCAGUUAAAGGUGACAUUUUAGUGCACCCAUUAAAAAAAAUCUUAAAUUUCAGUGAUGCUGCUCAAUCGAAGGCUUACAAUGCAAAUUCAAGUCAACAGCAACAUUCAGCUGAAACAUUUGCUACAUUCAAGUUAGGGCUGCACAAUUAAUGGAAACCGCAUUAUGGAAGAGUGCACUGUACAAAUCGCCAAAUGUGCAAUAUAUGUGUCAAAAUACUGUUCUUGAGUGUAGAGGAUGAAUCUUUGUUUGGUAGAGAUCCUCACAACCCCCCCCCCCCC